UGUGCUUGUCUGUUUAUACUAAUAUUUUUAUAUGUAUUUGUGUGUGUGUGUGUGUGUAAAUAUAUAUAAACAAAUUAAUAUAUCUAUGAAUUUAUAUACAUAUCACUGUGAAACAAGAGCGGCGAGAGGAAAAUGUACCAUCGGGGCUGGUCUCUGAUUGUGUGAUCGUAUACAAUAUUUUCAAUAUUCUUUUCUUUUAUCUUCUACGUCAAGAGGAAGGAAGGCUACGUACUCAUUUUUUGUUUUCCUGUUGCUACUUCCACCUCCUCUUUUUUUUUGUCAUCUGAGGGGAAUGAAGAGAGGAGAGUAACAGGAUUUGGAGAAAAGGGGAAAAUCUGUCGAAUUGCUGUGAUUAGUGUUAUUUUCGUCGGUAUUAGUGCUCUGCGAGCCGAUCGCAGCGUGCUGCGUGUGAUCUGAGGAGGCAGCAGAGAGAAAGUGCCACACCACGCCGCUCAGCGCCAGCCCAGCGCCAGCCCAGCUCCAGCCCAGCCAGCAUGCACAAACACCACCACUGCUGCAAGUGCCCAGAAUGUUACGAGGUGACCCGCAUGGCCGCCCUGCGCAGGAUGGACGCCCCUCAGUACCAAGAAUGGCAGGCCGAGCCCUAUGGAUACCCGGCCGGGUACGGGCCCGGAGGCGGGCAGACCUUACCCCAGCCUCCAGUCUCAGGGGGAGGAGGAGGAGGAGGAGGCAUGGGAGGAGGAGGGGGCACUCUGGGGAGAAGUAAGGGCAAGAUGACGUCUGCCGGGGGUCCCGGAGGCCCAAACCCCAAGGGCCAAUCCAAGGGCGGCACCAAGGUGAAUGGCAACAAUUCUGGUGGUCAAGCAGGUUGGUGGCCGGAGUGCACCUGUUCCAACCGGGAGUGGUACGACCAGGCGAACCCUCCCCCUGUCAUCGUCAACGCAGACUCAUUGGAUGCAGGCCCUUACGUAAAUGGCAGUGAUGGGAUGUAUAAAUAUGACGAGAUCAUCUUGGAAAGGGGUAACUCUGGCCUGGGCUUCAGCAUCGCUGGGGGGAUGGACAAUCCACACAUCCCAGAUGACCCAGGGAUCUUCAUCACCAAGAUCAUCCCUGGAGGAGCUGCAGCUAUGGACGGCAGGCUGGGGGUGAAUGACUGUGUGCUGCGUGUGAACGAGGUGGAUGUCUCUGAGGUAGUCCACAGCCGGGCGGUGGAGGCCCUGAAAGAGGCUGGCCCUGUGGUCAGGCUGCUGGUCAGGAGAAGACAGGCCCCUCCUGAGACCAUCCUGGAGAUCAACCUGCUCAAGGGGCCCAAAGGCCUUGGCUUCAGCAUCGCUGGGGGGAUUGGCAACCAGCACAUCCCUGGAGACAACAGCAUCUACAUCACAAAGAUCAUUGAGGGCGGGGCCGCGCAGAAAGACGGACGGCUGCAGACCGGAGACCGCCUGCUAGCUGUGAACAACAUCAUCCUGCAGGACGUGCGUCACGAGGAGGCGGUGGCGGCGCUGAAGAACACCUCUGACAUGGUCUACCUCAAGGUGGCCAAGCCCGGACCUGUGCACCUCAACGACAUGUAUGCCCCUCCGGACUACUCCAGCACCUUCCCCACCAUGGUGGACAACCACGUCAGCCACAACUCAGGCAUGGCCUACAUGGGAGCUAUGGAGCCCAAGCCCGUCUACAGUCAGCCCCCCCAGGUCACGCCCUCCAGGUACUCCCCAGACCCCCGUCACAUGCUGGGGGAGGAAGACUUCACCAGUCCCGGCCCGCGCCCUGACGCUGUUGCUCUGUUUGGCAGGGAGCCGCGGAAGGUGCUGCUGCACAAGGGCUCCACGGGGCUGGGCUUCAACAUCGUGGGCGGCGAGGAUGGAGAGGGCAUUUUUGUCUCCUUCAUCCUGGCCGGAGGACCAGCAGACCUGAGCGGAGAGCUCAGAAGGGGAGACCGCAUCCUCUCGGUGAAUGGGGUGAACCUGCGGAAUGCCACCCACGAGCAGGCAGCUGCAGCGCUGAAGAGGGCCGGCCAGACGGUCACCAUCAUCGCCCAGUACCGACCAGAAGAGUACAGCCGGUUUGAGUCCAAGAUCCACGACCUGCGGGAACAGAUGAUGAACAGCAGCAUGAGCUCUGGGUCGGGCUCCCUGCGCACCAGCGAGAAACGCUCCCUCUAUGUCAGAGCUCUGUUUGACUACGACCGGACCAGAGACAGCUGUCUGCCCAGCCAGGGCCUGAGCUUCUCCUAUGGGGACAUCCUGCAUGUCAUCAACGCCUCUGAUGACGAGUGGUGGCAGGCGCGCCUGGUCACGCCCCACGGGGAGAGCGAGCAGAUCGGGGUCAUUCCAAGCAAGAAGAGGGUGGAGAAGAAAGAGCGAGCGAGGUUAAAAACAGUCAAGUUCCACGCCAGGACGGGCAUGAUCGAGUCCAACCGGGACUUCCCAGGGUUAAGCGAUGACUUUUAUGGAUCAAAGAGUUUGAAAUGCCUGACGUCAAACACCAGCGACAGUGAAAGCAGCUCAAAGGGCCAGGAAGACACCAUUCUCUCAUACGAGCCAGUGAUUCGACAGGAGAUUCAUUACACAAGGCCUGUGAUCAUCUUAGGCCCAAUGAAAGACCGAGUUAACGAUGACCUGAUUUCAGAGUUCUCUCACAAGUUUGGCUCCUGCGUUCCUCACACGACACGUCCGCAGCGGGAGAACGAGAUGGACGGCCAGGACUACCACUUUGUGGGCUCGCGGGAGCAGAUGGAGAAGGACAUUCAGGAUAAUAAGUUCAUUGAGGCGGGCCAGUUCAACGAGAACCUCUAUGGGACCAGCAUCUUGUCUGUCAGAGCAGUGGCUGAGAGGGGAAAACAUUGUAUCCUGGACGUGUCUGGGAACGCUAUAAAGCGACUUCAACAAGCACAACUUUAUUCGAUCGCAAUUUUCAUCAAACCAAAAUCCAUUGAAGCUCUUAUGGACAUGAAUAAGAGACAGACUUACGAACAAGCUAAUAAAGUCUUUGAUAAAGCAAUUAAGCUUGAACAAGAGUUUGGAGAAUUUUUCACAGCCAUUGUACAGGGUGAUUCGCUAGAGGAGAUCUACAACAAAAUCAAGAUGAUCAUUGAGGAACAGUCGGGCCCCUACAUCUGGAUACCUUCUUCAGAGAAGCUCUGAGCUCCCCAGCUGUACCCCUCUGUCGGCGCAGAGACCCCCUCCCGACACCCCGCCCAUCCCCCGAAGAGCUCCUCCCUCCCCCUUUUUUGCAGAUAUGUUUCAUAUCAAGUUUUAUUGUCAUCAUUAUGUUAAUCUCAAAUGAAAACUAGUCUUAUCACCAUUUCUGUGACUGUGCACACCCCUGCAUGAGUUUCUCAGCAAAUCCAUUCAAGACUGGAAAUGCCAUUUCAAAUGAAUUUGUCAUUUUAAAACAAAACAAGGGAAAAGCAAAAUGAAUCGUUCUUUGUGAAAUGGGACUGACAGUUGAAGAUCAGAAUGUUUUACAGACGACGCUGGAGUGAGGAGGAGUUAGGGAUUCAGGAGAAGUUGCAGACCAAUCAUACAAGUUGGAACACUGUAAAUGUUCAUCAAAUCACAUUUUUAAAAAAGACAUGCAAGAUGAGAAGCAAAGACCACUUAGGUUUUUUUUCUACAAGGACUGGAUAAUAUCAAGCCCAGCUGAUGGUACUGUUGGAGUUAUCGCUCUUCUUUGUAAUUACAGAAGAAAUUGGUGGAGAAGCCUACAGACUGGUGAUCUACCAGCUUGCUGUUUGAUCAGCUGCCAGUUGUUGGUGCUGCAGCUGAUACAGACCUCUUGGGAGGCAGAACCAAUGGAAGAAAUUAGUUAUGAAUCUCUACAUUUAUAUUAUGAAAUCACAAGGUAAAUUAUCAAAUCCUACUGCGAUUUUACUACAUAUUAAAAACUACACGUUUUACACUUCACUAGAAUUGUCUACUUGGAGGGCUGUUAGAUUGUUUUUUUUUUGGAGGGGGGAUUUUUUUGCUUGUGGUUUUUAGCUGCUCUGUGUAAAGGAUGAGGGUAGAGAAGUGUAACGGGGCUCUCUGCAAAACACAACUGCCUUACAUCAAAUACAAAUUGUUAUAUUACUACCUGUACUUUGAGGGAAGCUAUAAAUAAUUGACAACGAAAAAAAGAUGGAACUUUUUAUUUUAAAUGUUCACCUUUUCUGCGUUGUCUCCUAACUUCCAGGAGGCCUAACUUGUGAGUGCAAUAGACGAACGCAUCGCACUUCUGUGGACUUCUCUCUUCCCUUUGUAUUCUUUUUGACUUUUCCUGUUGUAAUUUAAGAUUUGAUUGGAUUUCAAUUUAGGCAGCCAUAGCUCCCUCACCCACGUUGAGCAGCAGAUCACCCUAUUACACUCUCUACCUUCCAAGAGGAGUGUGUCUUCUGAUUGAAUGGUCACAUGGUACUGUCCUGAAUAUGCCAUCAUGAAGGUGGCCUUAAAAACGGGUAGAACAAGACAAUACUUGUAUUGGAUGUCCUAACAGAGGCAAUUUAACCUGCUUUUGGAUUGUCCCCUUUCCCCCCCACCCAAAAUAACACUAAAGAGGGGUUUGAUUAAAACCUACAUUGCAUUCGUAAAGUA